AUGAGGACUCACACGGGCGAGAAACCACAUCAUUGUGAUCGUUGUCCAAAGGCAUUUCCCUAUGCUUCAACUUUGCAGCAACACAUGAGGAUUCAUGCUGGUGAGAAACCCUAUUCUUGUGAACAGUGUUCAAAAGUAUUCUCACAGGCUUCAAAAUUAAAGAGACACAUGAGGACUCACACUAGCAAGAAACCACAUCAUUGUGAUCGUUGUCCAAAGGCAUUUCCCUAUGCUUCAACUUUGCAGCAACACAUGAGGAUUCACACUGGCGAGAAACCCUAUUCUUGCGAACAGUGCUCAAAAGCAUUCUCACAGGCUUCAGCUUUACAGCAACACAUGAAAAUUCACACUGGCGAGAAACCAUAUUCUUGUGAACAGUGUUUAAAAGCAUUCUCACAGGCUUCAAAAUUAAAGAGACACAUGAGAACUCACACGGGCGAGAAACCAUAUCAUUGUGAUCGUUGUUCAAAGACGUUUUCCUGUGCUUCAACUUUGCAGCAACACAUGAGGAUUCACACUGGCGAGAAACCCUAUUCUUGUGACCAGUGUUCAAAAGCAUUCUCACAGGCUUCAAAAUUAAACAGACACAUGAGGACUCACACGGGCGAGAAACCACAUCAUUGUGAUCGUUGUUCAAAGGCAUUUUCCUGUCCUUCAACUUUGCAGCAACACAUGAGGAUUCACACUGGCGAGAAACCCUAUUCUUGUGAACAGUGUUCAAAAGCAUUCUCACAGGCUUCAAAAUUAAAGGGACACAUGAGGACUCACACUAGCGAGAAACCACAUCAUUGUGAUCGUUGUCCAAAGGCAUUUCCCUAUGCUUCAACUUUGCAGCAACACAUGAGGAUUCACACUGGCGAGAAACCCUAUUCUUGCGAACAGUGUUCGAAAGCAUUCUCACAGGCUUCAACUGUAAAGCAACACAUGAAAAUUCACACUGGCGAGAAACCAUAUUCUUGUGAACAGUGUUCAAAAGCAUUCUCACAGGCUUCAAAAUUAAACAGACACAUGAGGACUCACACGGGCGAGAAACCACAUCAUUGUGAUCGUUGUCCAAAGGCAUUUUCCUGUGCUUCAACUUUGCAACAACACAUGAGGAUUCACACUGACGAGAAACCCUAUUCUUGCGAACAGUGUUCAAAAGCAUUCUCGCAUGCUUCAAAUUUACAGCAACACAUGAAAAUUCACACUGCCGAGAAACCAUAUUCUUGUGAACAGUGUUCAAAAGCAUUCUCACAGGCUUCAAAAUUAAAGUGCCACAUGAGAAUUCACACCGGCGAGAAACCCUAUUCUUGUGUACGUUGUGCAAAGGCAUUUUCCCUAGCUUCAACUUUACGCAAUCAUAUCAAAAUUCACACAGGCGAGAAACCAUAUUCUUGCGAACGUUGUUCAAAAGCAUUUACUCAUCCUUGCAAAUUAAAGACGCACUUGGAACUCCAUAGUGGGGAGAGAUCAUAUCCUUGUGAAUUUUGUCCAAAGGCAUUUAUUGAUUCUUCAGGUUUACAACGCCACCGGAGAAUUCACACUGGUGAAAAACCAUUCUCUUGCGAACGUUGUUCAAAGGCAUUCUCUCGAGCUUCAAGUUUACACUAUCAUAUGAAAACUCACACCGGCGAAAAGCCGCAUUCUUGUGAGUUCUGUUCAAAGGCGUUUUCCCUUCCUUGGCAAUUAAAGACACACUUGAAACUCCAUAGUGGCGAGAAAUCAUAUUCUUGUGAAUAUUGUCCAAAGGCAUUUACCCAAGCUUCAGCUUUGUACUAUCAUCUACGAAUUCACACUGGCGAAAAACCGUAUGCGUGUGAACACUGCGCUAAGACAUUUUCCCAACCUUCCCAACUGAAGGCACAUUUGGUGAUCCAUAGUGGCGAGAAGUUAUAUUCUUGUGAAUUUUGUUCAAAGGCAUUUCCCCAUGCUUCAAGCUUACACCGCCACAGGAGAAUUCACACUGGCGAAAAACCAUAUUCUUGUGAGUUCUGUUCAAAAGCUUUUUCUGAUCCUUCAAGUUUUAGCCUACACCUGAGAACUCACACUAGUAAAAAACCACAUUCUUGUGGACUGUGUUCAAAGACAUAUUCCCAGUUUUCAAAUUUGAAGCAACACAUGAGAAUCCACACCGGGGAGAAACCAUAUUCUUGCGAAAGUUGUUCAAAGGCAUUUGCAUAUUCUUCAAGUUUACGGCUGCACAGGAGAAUUCACUCAAGCGAGAAACCAAAUACUGGUGGACUUAGUCCGGAAGCAUUUUCGCAAGCGUCUCAACUAAUAACUCAUUAA